UGUAUAAAUAUACCUUAAUGUAUGUAUACAAAUAGUUAUAGAGUGGGUUUAGAACUGUUUUAGCAACGGACAAACAUCAAAUGGUAGUAAUUUGAAUCACAUCACUGAGUCGUAAAGAACAUGGAAUACUGACACCACUUGGUGAUUUUAAUAAAAAUAUUUCGAAUAAACAAAUAGUGCCAAAAUGUCUACUUGUAACUUAGAUGACUACAAGUGUGCCGACGCGGGCUUGCUUAUGCCCUUGGUCAAUGAAUACACAUGGAGCACGGGAGCACGUGCGGCGAUAUAUAUCAUCGGCCUCCUUUGGAGCUUUAUGGGCGUGUCCAUCAUUGCUGAUAUGUUUAUGGAAGCUAUAGAAACGAUUACCAGUAAAAAGCAAAAGAUUAAAGUCGCAGAUCCGAACAGCGACACUGGUUACACAGAAAUUGAGAUUCUUCUCUGGAACGGCACGGUGGCCAACCUUACGCUAAUGGCACUGGGUUCAAGCGCACCAGAAAUUCUUUUAGCUAUUAUUGAAAUAGUAGGAAAUCAGUUCAUGUCGGGAGCUCUAGGCCCUAGUACUAUUGUAGGAUCUGCUGCAUUCAACCUCAUGUGCAUUACUGGAAUAUGCAUAUUGUCAGUCCCAUCCCCGGAAACGAAAAAAUUAGAGCUUAUUAAAGUGUUUGCAGUGACUUGUAUAUUUUCAAUAUUUGCAUACAUUUGGCUUAUUAUAAUUCUCAUCGUCGUGACGCCAGAUUACGUUGACCUUUGGGAAGCUUUCUUGACCUUUCUUAUGUUCCCUACAAUGGUCAUCUUGUCCUAUAUAGCUGACAAAGAUUUCUGUUCCCGCGGACCAAGAAAACCAUCGCCGGAGCACUUGGAUCUAGAAGCAGUCAUAGAGGGUAAAGAACUUCCUGAGACCGGACUGCACGCAAACAAGCGUCUUAUCUUGGAAUUCAUAAAAAAACUUCGACAUGAGAAGGGAUAUUCCGACAAAGAUGUUUCCACCUUAGUAUCUUACGUCAUGGAGAAGGAGGGGUCACACUCUCGUGGCUGGUACCGAAGGAACGCUAUCAGGGAGAUGACUGGUUCCGUCAAACUGGUUCCCAAUCUUGACGACAAAACAAAGGAGUUACUCGACACCAUGCUUUUAUCAGAGGACACAACUGGGUCCCGUGCAUCCUUUUAUUCAAAGCCAGAAAGCAGGAGUAAGGCGAUUAUUGAAUUUGCCGCCGCCACAGCCGCUGUUCUUGAGAAAGACCGUCGAGUUAAACUUAAUAUUAUGAGGCACGGGAAAAUCAACAACAGGGUCGUGUUUAAGGUUGAGACGAUUGAUGGAACAGCGGAAGCAGGAUCAGAUUACAAAGAAGUUAAGAAAAGUAUGGUGUUCGAGAGUGGACAAACGGAACAAGAGCUAGAAAUAGAAAUUGUCGAUGACAACAUUUGGGAACCAGACGAGAUCUUCUUCGUAAGGUUAUCUGUCGAAGCUGAUGAACUUGCUGAGAUUGGAAAUCGUGGAAUUGCUCAAGUCGUUAUUCUUAAUGAUGAUGAACCUGGAACUGUGGAAUUUGAAAAACCAAGUUUCCUAUUCAAAGAAAGUAUUGGGACUGCUAGAAUACCAGUAAAGCGUGUAAACGGUGCCGACGGCGAACUCAAAUUGAAUUGGAAAACUAAAGACAUAUCUGCUGUCGGAGGCCGAGAUUACGAAGAGACAUCUGGUGAGCUUAUUUUCAGUCACGGAGAGGUGGAAAAACAUAUAGAAAUCACCAUCAACGACGACAUGGAAUUUGAGAAGGACGAAAACUUCGAAUUAUUUAUCGACAGUGUUAGUCCGGGCGCCAAAAUUGGACAUCUAUCUAGAACUGUUGUCACCAUUGUAAAUGAUGAUGAGUUUGACGGGUUUGUGAGUCGUAUUGCCAACCUCACUAACUCGAACCUGGACGCUCUGAGGCUGCAGCGUGCAACAUGGGGGAAAAAGUUUGAACAGGCCAUGAAUGUUAAUGGUGGGGACCUGGAACACGCCACCGUUUUUGAUUACGUCAUGCACUUCUUCACUUUUGGUUGGAAGCUUAUAUUCGCCUUUGUACCACCGCCUACGAUCUGGGGAGGAUGGUUGUGUUUUUUCGUCUGCUUGGUUUUUAUUGGCGGGCUAACGGCGAUUAUCGGAGAUCUUGCUUCAAUAUUUGGCUGCCUGAUUGGCCUGAAGGAUGCUGUAACAGCUAUAACAUUGGUUGCUUUAGGAACUAGUUUACCCGAUACUUUUGCUAGUCGAACGGCCGCCCUGAACGAGAAAGGAGCAGAUAUGGCCAUUGGAAACGUGACUGGGAGUAAUGGUGUGAACGUGUUUCUUGGGUUAGGAUUCCCUUGGGUCAUGGCAGCUAUUUACUGGACAUCACAGGGAAAGUCUUUCGAAGUACCAGCCGGUGACCUUGGUUUUAGCGUGACUAUUUUCACAAUAUGCGCAGUUUUCACGGUGGUUGUACUCAUGGGUCGACGCUAUAUCCCGUUCUUUGGCGGGGAGCUGGGAGGACCUAAGGUUCCGAAAAUGGUGACCGGAAUUCUCCUGAUAUUUGUAUGGAUCUUUUACGUGGUUAUGUCGUCUCUACAAUCGUACGAGCACAUACCAGGGUUCUAAAUCAAAACAGACAUUAAGACGAUAAAAGAACAUUCACUUCCAAACCGCGCACUUGAACGUUUACCUUAUUAAUACAGUGAAAUUUAACAAAUUGUUUGAUUUUAGAUGUAUAAGAAGUAAUGAAACUCAUAUUACUGAGCUUUAUUUAGGAUCAUAAUUAUAUAUAUAUUUGUUAUUAAAAAGGUAACUUUAAUUAAUCAACCAGCCGAUAAAAUCGGUUCCGAGUGGGAUAUUGAAACGGCCUCAACUCGGAUGAUCAUUCCGUCCACUUAACCCUCAUUGGGAUGUGAUAUGUAAAUAAAUGUUACGAUAUUGUAAUGUUAUUUUACCUCAAAAUGAAGUUCUUUAAUUCAGCUAUUUUGUUUGACACUGCUGAAUGUGUGGUCUUUGUAUCAUAACAGAGAUAUCAAAUUCAUUUCCAUCUUCAACCAAGUGAUUUGUAUGAUACCGAUCUCAAUUUAAUGUUAAGUUUACUUAAAAAAAAUGAGAAUACAACGAAUCACAAUAUCAUUUAAUAAUACAGUAAAACAUGUGAAUAAAGGCCAUCUAUGGGAAAUCAUACGCUGCCUUGAAAGACAGGUGGUCUUUUUUAGGAUAAAUACUCUAGUUGUACUUUGAUCAAUGAAGGUUUGUCAGUGAUCUUAAAUUACAGGGUAGCCUUUAUUUGGAGGUGGUCUUUAACAGAAGUUUGACUUAAAACGUUCGAUUUUAUAUCUAAUUUCUACAUUUGUGUUCGAGUGUUGGCUCAAUAAAUUAAAUGGCAACAAAAUUAAAAGAUAAACUAUUUACAUAAUUUUCAAGAAAAAUAUAACUAUAUUAUCUAAGAAAUGUUUAUAUUAUCAAAGAAAUAUGUAUAAAAAUAUAUGUUAUUUAUUCAAAGCAAGUAUCUUAUUGGUGGGGAAAUGGGGAAAGUAUUGUAACGAUAGAUAUAACUAUCACAAGUCAUAUUGUAAAGAAAAUGAUUCGUCCUUCGAACUUUCAAAAGAACCCCAGUGCCUCAGAAUUUUGGCCGAGUGCCUGUGGUAGCUUGGAACAGGCUCUGUAUAAUGUUCGUGUGCGGAAAAGAGAAAAAGAUCUUAAAUACAUGUAUCAAAGAGACCUAUGUCUUUGAAACGUUCAGGCAGCCAAUUUAUACAUAAUAAACAACUUCUUAAAUGCAUAGGAGAGCCACAUUUUAACAUGGUAGUUUUUUUUAUCAACUGUUUAUUCUAUAUGUUUUGUGCUAUGUUAGCCGUUUAAUGACUGUUUUUACUGAAGUUUUAAAGGGCUAAAGGGUUUAAAAAGGGUUAGUAUUUAAAGUUUUUACAUCUAAAAUUAACUUUGAAUAAGUGAAUAACAGGUAGCUACUUAUUGAAGCUUUAAUUUCUUAGAAGCAAUAAUUAUUUCCGCUUUGAGGGCAGGCUUUGAAUGUCUUUUUUUAUGAAUACUUCUGUUGCAAUUAUACCUAGCAUUAUGUACAAAAUUGCUUUAACAUUUGCCAGCAUUAAGUCAGUAGAACAAACACAUGUAUUUCAUAUCUUCAAUAUAAACAUUGAUACAUUUAUUCUAAAUUUAGUCACUAUUUCACUAUUUACUUCACCUAUUUUGUUUAUAUUUACUAUCAUAGGUAUUAACUUUCCUUUUUUUUGUUGCUGUUGCUUUUUUCUUUAAUGAAUUUAGCUGUUUAAAUAAAUUAUUAGAUAGGAAUUGUUGGAAGUGGUGUAUCAAAUGGAAUAGAGGGGUUUUUGAUGGUGAGGGGAAAGAGGGGGUUGGGGCUUGUAGGUGAAUAGAAAAUAGAAGACAAUGUGUGGGUGAGUGGUGAUGGAAAAUAGUGGGCUUGUGGGAGGGUGGGAUGGGAAUAGUGUGGGGUCUAUGGGGAAAGAAUAUAAUGGGUAGGGUUUGUGGGGGAACGGGGAGGGAAUAGAUAAAGAUUACAACUCAUUAGGACAGUCGAUCAGAUACAAAGAAAACAUCUUCAUUUAAAAAAAAUAUUUAAAAUACACUUUUUUUUUACAUUUCGGUAAAUUUACAUAUCCUUUACAAAAUUGAUAAUUUCCAAAAUUUAUAAAUUUUUCACAUGGUAGUAUUAUUCAUAUGUUUUGUUUUUUUUGUGCUGUGCAAGUUGUUAAAUGAGUAUUUGUGUCUUAUCUAUGAAAAGUUGUUAAAAGGGUUAGUAUUUCAUUGUUUUUAAAGGCAUUACAUAUCAAGUUAUUUAUAUUGAAUUUCAUUUUAACACAUUGUGCUUGCUCCUAUUAUAUGUCAUUAUAUUAUAUAUUUUACACCCCCUCAAACUUGCUUCUUUAGAAGUGUUUCUUGUUAUCAGUUUUGAAUUAAAUAUUUUUCGAGAUAUUUUAUAGAUACAUUUUUUCCUUGUCAGUAUUUUGAUAGAAUAAAUUAGUUAAAA